GCCCCUUCCUGACUACAGUCACUAUGAGAAGUUAUGUAAAUAUGCUAUUUCUCCUUUUGUGCACCCAUAACUUUCUCUCAGGGAUUUUUGUGAUGUGAAGAGGAAACGUUAACAUGUACAACUGAAUGAUCACAACACUCAGAACUGGAGCAUUUUGAGAUUUAGAAUCCCAGUUCAGCAGAAUGGCAGACUUGUCAGUGGAGGAGAUGACAACUAAAGCUAACAGUGUAACAGAUCUGUCACUCGAAAGCACUAGACGAAUGGUACAAAUGACAAAUGAUAGUUUGAAUGUUGGGGUCAAAACAAUGACUAUGCUAGAUGAGCAGGGAGAAACACUUUUGAAUGUGGAACGGGAAAUGGACCUGAUCAAGCAGGACAUGAAACAAGCUCGAAAAAACCUGAAUGAACUGUCCAAAUGCUGCGGCCUGUGUUUGUGCCCAUGCAACAGACUGAAGUCCACUGAGAGUGACUGGAGAAAAAAGCAGGUCAGGGAACCAAAGGAAAGCAAGCAGAAGGUGGUAUCCAGCCAACCGACUGCUGUUCGCAAUGGGCAGGCUGUUUCUGCUGGGUCAGCGGCCCCCACCGGCCCCUACAUCAAGAGGUGAAGGAAAAACAGCACUGAGAGUAACAGAAUCUAGCUCUGAUCCAAUGUGACUGCUAGUUUUGUUUUUUAUAAGAUAACAAAUGAUGAUCGAGAAGAUAAGAUGGAAGAGAAUCUAAGCCAUGUGGUCAACCAUGUUGAAAUAUUAAAGAACAUGGCACUGGACUUGAGCAACAAGAUUGAAGAUCAAAUCCAAAUAAUUGAUCAUGUCAAUAAUGAGAUUACAACAAUUACAAGUGAUGUUGCUGCUGCGGAAAAACAAGCCAGGAAACACCGAAAGAAAAAUACAGAAAGGACCACCAAAAGCUAAAGUAAGCAUGAAAUGAAAAUUUACACGAUGUAUUUUCUAUAGAUGUUAGUGUGAACAAUUCCUUUGUGAAUGCAGACCCCCAUCUGUAGUUCCAUUCCUACAUUUUAUUAAUUUUUUUUUUGCUUUUUUUAUAAUCCAUUUCACAAAAAAAAAAAAAAAAAAAAAAAAAAAAAAAAAGAUCUGCUACUAACAUUUCAUUGUGACUUUAAAAGUUUUGGUGCCAUAAGUGCCUUUUUUAUUGUUGUCCUUAUUAUCUUGAUGUUUGUAAAUUGCAGUACAGAGCUGUGACCUUCAGUAAUUUGCUUAACGAGGCUUUAGAAUGAUUGAGCCUUUGGAAAGCUUUUGAUUGAAGUGCAUGUCUAAUAUUUUCGUGGACAAAAUGAGAAGUGUCCAUAUGACCCGUCAGAUCAGCAUGUAAAUUAUAAAUAAGCUAAUGCUUCAAAAAAUGUCAAUGGAUGAAUCUCUUUCAUUUUAAUAAACCAAACUGUCAAAAUGAUCAUGUCAAUAAAUCAUAAUUUCCUCA